CGUCGGUGAAACGGCCACAACAACGAUUGUGAAUUACUUUGAAUUGCUACCGUUCUCGGAGUUUUUGUAAAGUAAAAGGUAGAUACCCCAAAACUUAAAUGUCACUCAAGUUAAAUUUGUCAGUUGCAAAUGGACUAGAAAGGAUAACAGUGUUAUAAACAACAACAAAUGACGUCAUGAGUACAGACACAUCAAAUGAACUCGGUCCACAGAAGCCGCACAACGUGGAAGUAGAAGAACCUGGUGAUGUCAACAAUCCAGCACAAUGUAGGAGGAGAGAAGCUGAAGCAGAGCGGCGGUGGCCUAAAAAGCCUGUUAUCCACAGAAGACGGUCCGACACCAGGACACAAGGGUCGAUGGACACGUACGACUUUGAAAAAAUGACGAUUUCAAAGCAAACUGAAGGAUUAUUGUCACAAGGAAAAAAAUCUGAAACCAGAAAGAUUCAUGGACUCAAUCAUCCAAGUAAAGACUUACUUGCGCAACAAAGGGAAGUGGAGAUGAACAGAUUGAUUCAUGCAAAAAAACUCAUGCUACUAGAGACACUACUGAAUCUCGAGGUAAAGGUAAGACAGAAGCUUCAAAGUGUUGAAGCUUCUGCAGGUGAUGACUGGAAACAUAGAGAGCAGAGUCACAACAGGGCCGUUUGGCCACAAACCACGCUGUCUGAGCAGCGCAGGAGACAGGAGGGAGGUCAGCAUCUGAGGGAAAGGCAGCGCCCCAGCGAUGAGAGGAGAACGAGGGACACCUGGAGAUUAGGUGUAAGGCCAGAGCACAGAAGAGAAGUCAAUGAGGCGUCUACAGGAACCAAAUACAAAGCAAAAGAGAUGCACAGGACAGAAAAUGAACAUGAAACGCCUCAGUGGACUCCACACAAACCUGCUGCUUUACGUUCAACAGACAAUCACAGAGCUGCAGAAGGCAAAACCAAAGUCUUCCCUCCUAUUUCUACGCCCUCCUCUUCAAGCAGCUCGCAGCAGCACGAGGUGGGACUGGCACGGAGCACAGACGCCAGCUUCCACCUCCUUCCCUGCAGGAUCUGCAACAGGAAAUUCAUGAGCGCGAGAUUAGAGAAGCACGUCCAGAUCUGUGAAAAGGUGAAGCAGCCGCGUCGACGUGUCUUCAACUCCUAUAUUAACAGGACCAAGGGUUCGGCUAUAGAGGAGUUCUGCAAAACCCACAGCAGAAGCAAGAUUCCGGACGUAUGAACAUUCUGUUAUAGACUGUGGGAGAUUAGUUUGUUGUUAGGGGGGGGUGACAGAUUUACUAAAAUAUGAUUCAGAGUUGAUGUUUUCAGUGUUAUUUAGUGGGCUUUGCCCAGAUCUGCUGAAUAAUAUCCGAAAAUAAUCUAGUUUAGUGUGUGUCAAAUAUCAGCAAACAAAAUUCCACAAUUGCAAAAGAGACAAAUGCUUUUUUUAUUUAUGGCUUUUCCACAAUAAAAGGAAGCAAGAGUGA